AUGCAGCCGGCGCGGCGCGAUCUGUCUCGGGCCUCCUUGGCGCGGUUGCUGGCCACCUGCAUCGUGCAGGCCACCUACAUUCAUGACCUGGCCCACGAGGUCUGGCUGCCGGAGAACUAUGCCGGCCUGCAACUGAACCUGGUCCACCGGGGCGGUCGCAGCACUGACCCUGCAGACUACUUACCCACCCAUGAGGCGCAGAGGAGAUUAC